GGUAGGUAUAUUAUCAAUGCAAUAGGGGUAACUAAGUGAUGACAGGAAAAUGCCAUUACCUAUUGAUAACAGGUAUUUCUGCUACCCAGCACAAUUUACAAUCAUCUACCCCUAUAUCUCUGAAGCUACUGUGUAUAAGCCUAGGUUAGGACUAUGAUCAUAUCAUACCCUUAGAAGUAUAGGUACUCUUAACAAGCCUAAGUACUAAUUAAUCUAUAGAUAGCAGCCCCCCCCCCCCCCACGAGAUAUUUCCCAUCCCCAUUAUUUCCGGCACCCGGAAAAGUGAAUGUUGGAGACCGUUACCACGAGGAACAAGAAAGAACCUGACAUCCUCUCCGCUUUCCUACUACCUACCGUAUCUAUCUAUGGGGUGGCUACUACGCUCCCCUCUCCUUACGCGAUGCUAACGUGGUGAUUGUCCGGAUCAAGGCCGUGCUUUAUAAAUCACGUCGAGCGCCCGACUUGCUGGAAAGUUCUAUCUAACGAUGGCCACACUUACGCUAGCUACAUGGUCUACGAACUUAACUUAUCUGAGCUUGACGCCUCCUGUCGUGGAUGCUGCGGUGAAGAGUAUCUACAACUGGGCCGGGUGCGCCAUAGGAGGGUUUGCGCAGGCGGCGCCGCAGAUCGCGCUAAACGUAUCGCUAGCCAACGGCUUCAAUGGGCCAUCGACAGCUAGUAUACUUGGUCUAAAUGGCUCCCUAGACAAAAACGGGUAUGGGUACGCCGACGCGCAACUGGCGGCUCUCAUCAAUGGCAUUGCCUCACAUGUCGACGAUUAUGAUGACACCCACUUGGCCAGCAUCAUCCAUCCAACGGGCGUCGUAGCAAGUGCACUCCUCGCUGUUUCAGAAUCGCAGUCCCUACUGCGGCGGGAAGAUCCGGUGUCUGGCCCUGAUUUCCUGACUGCAUUCGUGGCAGGCAUCGAGGCUGAGUUGAAAUUGGGUCUGUCGGUGUACCCGGAGCAUUACGAUGUGGGGUGGCACAUCACCAGCACUACGGGCGCGAUCGGAGCCGCAGUCGGUGUGAGUAAGCUGCUCGGACUAGACACGGAGCAUACACAGCAUGCGAUCGGCAUCGCGUCGACGCAUGUCAUCGGGAUGCAGGUGUUUUUCGGAUCGAUGACAAAGUCAUUUCACAUCGGGCGCGCCUCUCAGUCGGGCAUGCUGGCGGCGCUACUCGCGCGCGACGGAUACACGAGCUCUCUGUCCGCUCUUGAGGAUAAGUAUGGGUGGCUUCACGUAGUCAGUACACGGGAAAACGGGACGGCGAACUUGGCGGAGCUGGGGCAGACGUGGGAGAUUGAGAGUAACACGUUCAAGCCGUUCCCCUGCGGCAUCGUCAUGCAUCCUAUCAUCGACGGGUGUAUCCAACUGCGCGGGCAGGCGAUCGCCGGGGGCAAGCCGAUCUCGGUUGAGUCUGUUCAGAGCAUCGGUUUGCGCGUCAAUCCGGAGGUGUUAGUCCUAACUGGUCAGACGGACCCGCAGACGGGGCUCGAGGGUAAGUUCAGCAUUUACCACGCUACGGCUGUGGGACUCUUAUACGGAGAGGCGACGCCGGCACAAUUCACGGACGAGGUGGUGUUGAAUGCGACAGUCAUCGCUAUGAGAAAGCUAGUCAACGUUACGACGGAUGACAGUGUGGGCGAAGAUCAGGCCUAUGUCUCGAUUACGUUCGGCGAUGGUAGUACACUGGAGAAAUACGUCGAGCAUGCGAUUGGUAGUCUGGAUAACCCCUUGACUGUAGAUGACUUGAAGAACAAGUUUCUGGAGCAGGUCUCGAGGCAAAUCGGAGGUUCGAGAGCCCAAAAGGCGUAUGAUGCUUUUACCAACAUUGGAAAAAUGACAGACGUAGGGAAAAUCAAGACCCUCUUCUGAUGAUAUAUUGUCUGUCUGUUGUUGUUCUUGUUGUUCUUGUUAUUUUUUGUUGUUUUGGGCAUGAGAAGUGGAUUUUUUAUGAUCAUUCGACUUGUCUUUCAUUGAGCAUUGUUACACUCUUAAGGGAGCAGAUCAUUUAAUAGUAUAUAAAAUGAUAAAUGCCGGUGUUAUGCAAGACUUGAACAAUAUAUAAUAAUAAUGAAUGAUAGCUUCAAUGUUGGGAUGAGAUGUCUCGGAGUAAGAUCCGUUCCAAGGUUUGCAUGAACAGAUUAGUACAUAUGUACCUAAACUUACAUACCCUGGUAAGUACUAGGUAUGCAUGCACGUGCGAUAAGCGAAAUGGGGGCACAGAUGGGGGACAGGGAG